AUGGUGAAGGUAGAUAAAAAAUCUUCGUCUUCGUCUUCGUCCUCGACCUCAAAAUCGCAGUGCAAAAAGAAGUACAAGGGAGUUAGAAUGAGAAGUUGGGGUUCUUGGGUUUCUGAAAUAAGGGCACCUAAUCAAAAGACAAGAAUUUGGUUAGGUUCUUAUUCAACCCCAGAGGCAGCUGCUAGGGCAUAUGAUGCAGCUCUCUUCUGCCUUAAGGGCCCUUCAGCAAACCUAAAUUUUCCGUUUUCACCUUCACAAAAUCUUAAUCCCGACGCCAUUCUGUCACCUAAAUCCAUUCAAAGAAUCGCAGCAGCAGCAGCAGCAGAAACAAAUUUGAGUCCACAGUCUCCACCUUCUGUUUCCUCCAGUUGUUUAUCAUCAAAUUCCUUGCCAUUGCCUUCAGCAUCAGAAUUAGAAACAACAAAUAACGAUAAUAUAUUUAAUGAAAACGCGAAAAUUUUGUGUGUACAAUCUCCAACUUCCAUUUCCUCCGUUACAUCAUCAUCAAGUUCUUUGCCAUCGCCCUCAUUAUCAUCGUCUACUUCGUCACCCUCGGAUCGAUUUGAAGAUCAUGAAUGUGUAGCAGAUGAGCCAUUGAUCAGAAUGAUGAACUCAUCAUGGUACACCUUUGAUUCACCUAAGUACGAUGAUUAUACGCUCAAUGGGGUGUUCUUUGAUCCAUUGAUGAUGGAGGAUUCGUAUGAAGAUGCUGAUAUCAGUUUGUGGAGCUUCUGCUGA